UCCGGCUUGCUGCUCUGGGCCCUUGACUUCGGAGGUGGACGGCGGCGGCGCGGGCGGGGGCCUGGCGUUUGGAGGCCGAGCGGCGCCGGGGUGAGGGGCGCGGAGGAGGAGGAGGAGGAGGAGGAGGAGGAGGAGCGCUCGCAGCAGGAGGAGGAGCCGUGUGCCCUGGCACCGAGCGGCCGCGGCCAUGGCGUACGCCUAUCUCUUCAAGUACAUCAUCAUCGGCGACACAGGUGUUGGUAAAUCAUGCUUAUUGCUACAGUUUACAGACAAGAGGUUUCAGCCAGUGCAUGACCUUACUAUUGGUGUAGAGUUCGGUGCUCGAAUGAUAACUAUUGAUGGCAAACAAAUUAAACUUCAGAUAUGGGACACGGCAGGACAGGAGUCCUUUCGUUCCAUCACCAGGUCAUAUUACAGGGGCGCAGCAGGAGCUUUGCUAGUGUAUGAUAUUACAAGGAGAGAUACAUUCAACCACUUGACAACCUGGUUGGAAGAUGCCCGCCAACAUUCCAAUUCCAACAUGGUCAUUAUGCUUAUCGGGAAUAAAAGUGAUUUAGAAUCUAGAAGAGAGGUAAAAAAAGAAGAAGGUGAAGCCUUUGCACGAGAACACGGUCUCAUCUUCAUGGAAACUUCUGCCAAGACCGCUUCCAAUGUAGAAGAGGCAUUUAUUAACACAGCAAAAGAAAUUUAUGAAAAAAUCCAAGAAGGAGUCUUUGACAUUAAUAACGAGGCAAAUGGCAUUAAAAUCGGCCCUCAGCACGCUGCUACUAAUGCCACACACACAGGCAAUCAGGGAGGACAGCAAGCCGGGGGCGGCUGCUGUUGAGUCUGGUUUUACCCGCUCACUCACUACCCAGUGGGGGCCUCCACUCACUCAUUCUUUUACCCUCCUGCUCAGCUGAGACAUGAAACUGUUUGAAAUGGCUUUAUGUCACAGAAGACUUUAAUCCUUCAAAUUCUUGUAUAACUUUGAAUAAAUGGUUAAUGUUCACUUAAAAAGACAGAUUUUGGAGAUGGUAUUCAUAUCUACUUGCAUUUGAUUUCUCGGUCAAUUGAUGUGAUUAUUUUUGUUAAAUGUUGUCUUGUACCCUUACCUACAAGCUGAAUGGUAUUCAACACUACAAAGUCAUCUCGAGGACUGGAAAUGGGUCUGUGUGGUUGGGUCUCCCAGCACCUGUGGUCACCUAAUGUUUGAUCUUACAGAACUGUCCUCGAACGAUUGUCAGUUUUCAAGGCUAUAAGGACAAACAGAAGGACUCUUUUAAGUCUAUUUAUCAUUUCCUUUCUGUAUAUAUAGUUUAAUAACCUGCUUGGGUGUAAUUUGCCAAGCUUGAAUUCUUUAAUGCAUUUGCAUAAAUACUACCCUGAUUAGAGCUUAAAGCUACGGAGGCAUUGUUAGGAAUUGCUUGGACACUGAAUUUUAAACUUUCUGACAUUGUUAACAAGCAUGUUCAUUUUUUUUCUUGUCACUAGUCCAAGAAAAAUAUGCUUAGUGUACAUUACUAAAGGCUAUGUAUGUGUUAACCUGUUUUAAUGCCAAAAGUUUGCUAUUUGUCCACAAUUUCUUUACGACCUCUUCAGAAAAGGAUUUGUUUGCCUUAAUGAAUACUGUUAGGUAAAAACACAGUAUACAGAGUGAAAAGAGCGGGAGUGAGAACUUCCGGGCGACUCCAAGAAGAAUGAAUGUCCGCGUUUAGAUGCUACAUGAUGAGGACUGUAAUCUUCCUUUAAACACAAUAAUGUUUUCCUUUCCUUUCAUUCACAUGCUUUCUAUUGUUCAUGCAGGACAGCUUUUCAACCUUGAUGUACAGUGACUGUGUGAAUUUUUUCUUUCAGUGGCAACCUAUAGUCUUUAAAAUAUGGUAAGCAUCUUGUCUGUUUUGAAGGGGAUAUGACAGUAAAUCUACCAGAUGGAAAAUCCUGUUAAAAAGUAGAAAAGCUUUAGUAAUUUACUCAGUGUGGUGGUUUUAUCCCUUUUCUUUUUCUCCCUUGGUCUAUAAUGAAAUUGUUACAGCAGUGCGAAAUAAAAUCCUGUGUAUAAAAGUA